CACGAAAGCCAACCCCACAUCUUUGUUUUCUACGAUGUGCCCUCUAACCAUUAGCCUACCAAAAAACCCAAAAAUAAUAGACAAGCAUUAUAUAUGUGUGUGCCUUAGCUCUUGCCAAACGUUAAAAUUAGCACUGGUUUAGAUUUAUAACGCCAAAAGUCUAUUCUAAAAUUUCUAACUCUUCCCCAUCACUCAUAAAACAAAGAACAAAUCAAACUUCUCUUGUUUCCAACCAAUCCCUUUUCAAAUAUUUUUCUUUCCUCUCUUUGUUGGGAAUAAGGUUGGAAGAAGGUCCUUAAGAAAAGGGGAUUUUGUUAUAUAUUUCUUUUCAAUAUAUAGAUAUCCAUAAAUGGCUAUUCAAGCUCAGAUUUAUUCAGGCUUUGGGUUAGGGGGUUCACAGGAUUAUUUGAUGGACAAUGCUUGUGGAUUGAACAACAGUAUGUGUUACACACCUCACCAGCAGAAAUUGCAGCACGAACAACAGUUGAUGCAGAGAGUACCACACAGCACGGACGAUCAAUUCUCAGCGGCAUUUUCUCAAACAGUUGCCGCUCAUGUUGAGAAUCAACGAAUCGAAAUCGAUAUGUUCAUCAAUUCACAGAACGAGAGAUUGAGAAUGGCGCUGCAAGAGCAGAGGAAGCAGCAAAUGUCGAUGUUCGUGAAGAAGUGCGAAUCGAAGGUCCAAUUUCUGAUCAGGCAUAAGGAGGAGGAGAUCGAGAAGGCGGCGAGGAGAACGGCGGAGCUCCAGGAUUACCUGAAGAGGAUGGAGAUCGAGAGGCACGCGUGGCAGAGGGCGGCGAUGGACGGCGAAGCGGCGGCGGCGUCUCUGAGCAGCGCGAUCGAGCGGCUGCGGGAGGCCGCCGCCGCCGCCGACGGCGGGGGCGGCGGAGAUGCUGCCGGAGACGCCGAGUCUUGCUGCUGUGUGGGGGAUGACGAUAAAAUGGCGAGAAACGAGAAUUUGGAGGGGAAUUUGAGGAAGAUGAUUUGUAAAAGGUGCCAUGUGAGGAAAUCGUGUGUGAUUAUGCUGCCGUGCAGGCACCUGUGUGCAUGCAGGGAGUGUGAAGGGUUUCUGGAUUCAUGUCCCGUUUGUAAUGUGGUGAAAAGAGCCAGUAUAGAGGCUUUGAUUUAA